AUGUUUGACACAAUCUGCUCUCUACCGUUGACCUCGGAUCUCUUCGCCCAAGCAAUCAACCCGUCCGAACCAAUCGUCGCUGUCGGCUUGGCCUCCGGUCACGUCCAGAGUUUCAAGCUACCUCCAGCCCCUACCUCCGCCGAAAGUUCACCACGCCCAGAUGAAGCUCCAGUACAGCCCUUUGGGCGGCGGCGAUCCUCGACAGCAUCAGAAAACGGACUUGGAGAGGUAGAGACUGCAUGGCGCACAAGGCGGCAUAAGGGUAGCUGCAGAUGCUUGGCUUACAGUCUUGAUGGGGAGAUAUUAUACAGUGCAGGGACAGAUGAGCUUGUGAAAGCCGCACGAUCAGAGGAUGGGAGAGUGAUUGGAAAGUUUGCCAUACCUGAGGUCGACGGCAAACCCGAUGCCCCUACCAGCCUUCACAUUCUAACCCCGCAGACCCUGCUCCUAGGGACCGACUCCUCAGCCCUCUAUCUCUACGAUCUCCGUGACUCCAAACCAGUCACCGCAGCCUUGAAACCUACACAGACACACCGUCCACAUGAUGACUACAUCUCAUCCAUCACACCACUCCCGCCUUCCAGCACCUCCACCUCCGGCCUUCCGAAACAAUUUCUCACCGCUGGCGGCACUACAAUCGCCGUCACAGAUCUCCGAAAAGGCGUUGUGUCAAGGUCUGAAGACCAAGAGGACGAAUUGACCUCCUCGCUCUUCGUAUCAGGUCUGAAAGCUGGUGGGACGAGCCAGGGUGAGAAAGUCCUUGUCGGAGGUGCAGGAGGUGUCAUCACUCUUUGGGAGAAGGGCGUGUGGGAUGAUCAAGACGAAAGGAUUGUGGUUGACAAGCUCGGGGAGUCAGUGGACUGUCUGGCCAAGGUCCCUGAGGGUGUGGGUGGCUUAGCACUUCAGGGCCAGCAAAAACUGGUAGCGGUGGGAUUAGCGGAUGGCAGGGUGAGGUUUGUACGCGUUGGACCAAACAGAGUCGUGCAAGAUAUGGAUGUCAAGCAUGACGAUAUUGAGGGCGUUGUAGCGCUGGGGUUUGAUGUUGCGGGGAGGAUGGUCAGCGGUGGAGGACAGGUGGUUAAGGUAUGGCGGGAGGCGCCAGAGCUGAAAAAGAGUGUCAGCCUCAACGGUGGAAAGAGAGUCGUCGGCAGUGAUAGUGAGGAGGACAGUGAUGGAGGAGAAGAGGACAGCAGUGCAGACGAGAAACCCAAGUCGAAAAGGAAGAAGCGGAAACGAGGCAAGGGGAAAGAUAAGUCGGGAGGGCAACAAACCAUGGCCUUUGACCUCGAUUGA